GGGGAGGGUGGCCCAAGCGACGACUCCUCGCUCGUAGCUCGGGGAGCUGAGCUUGUCGUAGGCGGGGAGGGGCGGGUCGUGUGGAUAGGGUGCCUCGGGGCCGGUCUUGAGCCCGCGACCUGCAGCUGCUUCGUUUAUAUAAGCGCAUGCCGAGCAUCUGUUGGAGGAGUAGGUGGUGCACGAGAAGCAAGGAACAAGGAGGAGCUCGAGACAGAAGGCCUCAGACAGACAUUCAUUCGCCCGUACUGAAACGAUCGCAGCUCACUCGACUCGACUCGACUCUGUCACCUCGCGGGGGAUUGCGAUCGAAGUUUUGCAGAGGUAGAGAGAGCGAGGAGAGAUGGCGUCGUUCGUGUUGCCGGCGCAUCCGAAGAUCCCCAAGGGCAAGAAGCUGGCGGUGAUCAUUUUGGACGGAUGGGGCGAGCAGGUGUCGGAUGAGUACAAUGCGAUUCACGUCGCGGAGACGCCGACGAUGGAUGCGCUGAAGAAUGGGCGCCCGGAUACGUGGAGGCUGGUGAAGGCGCACGGGCCGGCGGUGGGAUUGCCCAAGGAGGACGACAUGGGCAACAGCGAGGUAGGGCACAACGCGCUGGGCGCAGGGCGCAUUUUCGAGCAGGGCGCAGGAUUGGUGGACACCGCGCUCGAGACGGGCAAGCUCUUCCAGGGCUCGGGAUUCAAGUACAUCCAGGAGGCGUUUCCCACGGGGACUCUGCACCUCAUCGGGCUUUUGAGCGAUGGAGGCGUGCACUCGCGCCUCGACCAGCUGCAGGCACUCAUCAAGGGCUGCGCCGCGCAUGGCGCCAAGAGGAUCCGCCUGCACGUGCUCACGGACGGGCGCGAUGUGCUCGACGGAUCGAGCUUGGGCUUCGUGGAUGACCUCGAGCAGACGCUGAAGGAGGUUCGCGCCUCCGGGUGCGACGCGCUGAUCGCGUCGGGCGGAGGGCGCAUGGAGGUGACCAUGGAUCGAUACGAGAACGAUUGGAAUGUCGUCAAGCGCGGCUGGGACGCGCAGGUGCUCGGCGAGGCGCCGCACAAGUUCGCGAGCGCCACGGAGGCGCUGAAGAAGCUCAAGGAGGCCGACCCCAAGGUGAAUGAUCAGUACUAUCCUCCCUUCGUGAUCGUGGACGAGGCCGGGCAGGCCGUGGGUCCGAUCGUGGACGGCGACGCCGUGGUGACCUUCAAUUUCCGCGCCGAUCGCAUGGUCAUGAUGGCCAAGGCGCUCGAGUUCGCGGAUUUCAGCAGCUUCGACCGCGUGCGAUGGCCCAAAAUCAAGUACGCCGGCAUGCUGCAGUACGACGGCGAGCUCAAGCUGCCCAACCACUUCCUCGUGUCGCCGCCCGAGAUCGAUCGCACGUCCGGCGAGUACAUGGUGAAGAAUGGCAUCAGCACCUUCGCCUGCAGCGAGACCGUCAAGUUCGGGCACGUCACCUUCUUCUGGAACGGGAACCGAUCCGGCCAAUUCAGCCACGAGCUCGAGGAGUACGUCGAGAUCCCCAGCGACUCGGGCAUCACGUUCAAUGUCGCGCCCGAGAUGAAGGCCAUUCUGAUCGCCGAGAAAGCCCGGGACGCCAUUCUGAGCGGGAAAUUCGACACCGUGCGCGUGAAUUUGCCCAAUGGCGACAUGGUCGGGCACACGGGCGACUUCCACGCCACCGUGGUCGGGUGCGCCACCGCCGACAAGGCCGUGAAGAUCAUUCUCGAUGCCGUCGAGCAAGUCGGGGGCAUGUUCCUCGUGACCGCCGACCAUGGCAACGCCGAGGAUAUGGUGAAGCGGAACCCUAAGACGACGAAGCCGGUUCUGGACAAGAAUGGCAAGCUGCAGAUUCUCACCUCGCACACUUGCGCCCCCGUGCCCAUCGCCAUCGGAGGCCCCGGCCUCCCCAAGAAUGUGCGCUUCAGGAAGGAUCUUCCCAACGGAGGCUUGGCCAAUGUGGCCGCGACCACUUUGAAUCUGCUGGGCUUUGAGGCUCCCGCUGACUACGAGCCUUCCCUAAUUGAGGUGGUCGACUGAUCGGUUCCUCGAGCUCAAGCUCAGGUAGAAAGCCAUGCCCUGGCGACUGCCGCUUGUGAAAUCUGUCUCUGCUCUGACUCGGCCAGCACAGUGUAGUAUAAUUUAUCGAGGAACUUAUCGCUCGUGGCAUACAUACCCAGAAAUCCAGUUCUUAGCUCGCCUAUUCCGAAGUCAAGUGAAUCGUCGUCCGUCACCUGUAGGAUCUGCUGCCACAGGUCAGGAUUCCCCACCCUCCAUCUCUUUGCAGUCUGAUGGACGAGGGUGCUAUACGUAUGCAAGCGACAGUCUGGGGCAUCUUACUUCCACAUAAUGUUCAGUCGGCUGUGUGUUCAGCACAGCCGCGUUACGGCCUUUCAUAUGUAAAGAGAGUCUGUUGAGCUUUCCUUCAAAGACGAAGGAGCUCUGAGUUUUUGC